AUGCUUUUCGCGUGCUGCAGGGGCCGUAUCGUUGAAUCCGCUCAACCAGAGUUGACCGCAAACGGGUACCGCAAAAAGGAUCGAUCAGCUUGUGAGGAGAUAAGCAUCGAAGACAUGGUCGCAGGAUUUUGGCGAUGCCGUUCCCGCAAAGCGGCUAUUCUCGUUUCAAAGGCCAUUCUUCAGGCCGAGCAUGGGUCUGAAGAUUGA